UUUGAGAUGGUCUCUACAACAACUAGAUGUGAAGAAUGCUUUUCUUCAUGGGGAUUUGGAGGAGGAGGUAUAUAUGGAUGUACCUCCAGGAUUCUCAUCUCAGUCUACAGUUGGAAAGGUUUGUAGAUUAAAGAAGGCUUUGUACGGUUUGAAACAAUCUCCUAGAGCCUGGUUUGGUAGAUUCCUCAAGGCAAUGCUAGGAUUUGGGUAUCAGCAAAGCAAUACGGAUCACACCUUGUUUGUCAAACGCAAUGUACAUAAGGUAACAGUGCUUAUUGUAUACGUGGAUGACAUAGUUGUGACAGGUAAUGAUGAGGAGGAGGUGACCCAUCUCAAGAUGCAGUUAGCCAAGGAGUUUGAGAUAAAAGAACUUGGUCCAUUAAGAUACUUCCUUGGGAUUGAAGUUGCUAGAUCUGACAAAGGCAUCUUUAUUUCUCAAAGGAAGUACAUUCUAGAUCUUCUUGAAGAAACGGGCAUGUUGGGCUGCAGACCAACUGAUUCACCAAUUGAGACUAAUCAUCAUCUUUGUAGUGGAAUUGGUGAGCUUGUGGAGAAGGAAAGGUACCAAAGACUUGUGGGAAGACUGAUAUAUCUCUCUCAUACUCGUCCAGAUAUUGCCUAUGCAGUUGGAAUAGUGAGUCAGUUUAUGCAUGAUCCUCGUGUACCUCAUUUGGAUGCAGUCUAUCGCAUUUUGAGGUACCUUAAAUCUGCCCCUGGAAAAGGAAUUUUGUUCUCUAAUCAUGGUCACUUGAGGUUGGAAGCAUUCACAGAUGCAGAUUGGGCAGGCUCUAUAGAUGACCGACGCUCUACAUCUGGUUAUUGUGCUUUUGUAGGGGGAAAUCUAGUCACAUGGCGUAGUAAGAAGCAGGGGGUCGUUUCUAGAUCUAGUGCUGAAGCUGAAUACAGGGCUAUGAUUAUUGACUCCACUCAUUAA